GAGAUGGCCACGAGGCGGUGUGGCAUGUUGAAAAGCGAACAGCGCAGACGCGUAGACUAUCACUUGGAGAAGAUUCGCACUCUCAAGCUCCUAGCCUUGUCCUCGGAGGACGGGGAGAAGCCCGACAUCUCGCGGAUGACUCUCGAGGAUAUCAUUGACGACGACGACGAGGUCGAGAAGGCCCGCGUCCAGCUAGCCACCUCAUCGAGCCUGGAUGUAGAUCCCGAGAUGAAGCAGGC